AUGACUCAAGUGUUUGUUGCUAAAGUAAAGAAUGUCUUAAGUGGGGACACUGUGAUUUUGGUUCCUUCCAAAACCUCACAAUUCCCAGUUCCAGAGAGAAUGUUAACACUUUCGUAUGUGAAGUCGGGUGACAGUUACCAAUCGAAGGAAUACUUAAGACAAUUAUUGAUUGGUAAGGAAAUCAAGUUCAAAGUGUUAUUUAAAACCCCUAAUGUUGGAAAGGAGUUUGGAGACAUCCAGGCACCAAUUUUCAAGUCCUUGAUCGAGCAUUUACUUGAAAAGGGUUUCGUUAAGUUGAAAGACAAUAUCCAAGACGAAUCCGAAUACAUUGACGAUCUCCGUAACUUGGAAAGUAAAGCUAAACAAAACCAGGCUGGCUUAUGGAGUACUGAAUCUUCUCUGGAGGACAAGAUUGAGACUAUUGAAUUGAACGAAGGCAUUAUUGGUAAGUCGCAAAAAGCUCCAAUCACUACAAUUGUCGAAAAAGUUAUAAGUGGUGAUAGGGUUAUGGGCCGUAUUAUUGUUAAUAAGAACCAGCAUAUCACGACCCCCUUAUUAUUAGCAGGUAUUAAAUGUCCCAGAACUGAUGAUGCCACCGAAUCUACAUCGGUUACUAAGGUUGCCCAGGAAGCCAAAGCAUUUGUCGAAGAAAAGCUUUUGACCACCAAGGCUGCUAUCAAGGUUAGUGUUAUAGGUGAAAGUCAAGCAGGUGUGCCAAUUGCUAUUAUCCAUCAUCCGUCGGGAAAUAAUAUCCAUGCUAAGUUAUUAGAAAAUGGGUUUGGUGAAGUUGUUGAUUGGCAGUCAUCUUUGGUUGGAUCUUCUACAAUGGGAGAAUUGAGAAAAGCUGAACAAACAGCUAAAGCAUUAGCUAAAGGUUUGUACUCGAAUCCAAAAGCUACCCAUAGCUCUGCACCAGUUGCUCAAUCAAGUAAAGGCUUAAAACCGGGAUCAACCAUUACCAAUGCUUCAAUUGCUAAAGUUAUAGGUGCUGAUACAUUAGUUGUCCGUUUACCUUCAUCUGAAGAAGAGUUAACUGUUCAAUUAGCCUCUAUUAGAGGUCCUAAACCUUCUGAUUCUACUAUCACUACCAACCACCAACAACAAUUAGCAUUAGUCAACACUGCCCGUGAAUUUGUAAGACAACACGUUAUUGGUAAAACUGGUACUGUUUACAUUGACGGAUACAAAGAAGCUAAUAAGGAACUAGGGUUCGAUGCUAGAUUUCUUGUUAGUUUUAAAAUCAAUGGAACGAAUGAUUUAUCCGAAAUAAUUGUCAGUAAUGGUAUGGGUACAGUAAUCAAGCACAAUAAGGCCACAGCACACGAAAGAUCAUUGAAUUGGGAUAAAUUAGUGGAAUUAGAAGAAGAACAAAAGAAACUUGCAAAGAAAGGUGUCUUUUUCAAUGGUGAUAUAAAUAAAGUUUUAACAGUAGGUACCAGAAUUGUCGAUGCUUCUGAAAACUACACUAAAGCCAAAACAUUUUUCAAUGGGUUUAAACAAAAGGGUAGAAUUGCUAAUGGCUAUUACGUCGAAUUUAUUCCUUCUGUAAACAGAGUUAAGCUAUACAACCCAAAAGAAGGUUUGAAAUUGACUUUAAUUUUAGGUGGAUUAUCCAACAAUAAAAGCGAAGCCUUAGGUGAUGAAGGUUUAAAAUAUAUGAAUAAAAAAUUCUUGCAAAGAAGUAUCGAAUUUGAUGUUUAUGACAUGGAUAAAAUUGGUGGCUUUAUUGGUAACUUGUAUGUAAACUCUAGUAGCUUGCAACCAGUUCAAGUUUCAUUAUUAGAUCAGGGUUUGGUUUCGGUCCAUGACUUAGCUGUUAAUUCCAACCCAUUUGCUAACGAACUUAUUAAUGCCGAAGAAUCCGCUAAAUCAUCAAAGAAGGGACUCUGGGCCAAUUAUGACGCGUCUAAGGUUCAAGAAGAGUUAGACUUACAAAACGCUAAAUUGAAUGAACUCAAACUUGAUUCAGCAAAACCAAAAUUCUUCGAUAUCGAAGUAACUGAUAUCGAUUCAACUGGUACUAUUUCGUACCAUGUAUUAGACCAAAGUACGUCUAGUACAUUUGCCUCCUUCAAAAAGCAGUUUGCCGACUUCCAUAAUCAAACUCCUAGUGCAAGUAACACCUCCAUCGAUUUACCCCAUAAUUUGAGUAAGCCUCCAAAGAAAGGUGAAUUCGUUUCUGCUAAAUUCUCCGAGAAUGGCAAAUAUUAUCGUGGUAAAGUCUUGAACUAUGACAAGACCACCAGAAACUACGAAGUGAAGCAUUUAGACUUCGGUAACGUCGACAAGGUUCCUCUCAGUUCCUUGCGUGUAUUACCAGCCAAAUUCUCACUCACCCAACUUCCAAAGUUCGCCCACACCUGUGUUUUACAAAACUUGAGAUUGCCUCCUACCAAGCCAACCGACUACUUGACCGAUGCGUUGUAUGCCUUGGAAGAUCUCACCUUUGACAAAAAGUUAGUCAUCAGUGCAUUGCCUUCAUCUAUCCCAAAUGUUGACUACUCAGUAGUCUUAUACGACUCGGAAGAAUCUUUGAAGGAUCCUACUUACACCAUUAACAAGCAAUUAGUCUCGGAAGGUUGGGCUGUCGUUGAUUCCAAAGGUGUCUCGCCUAAUCUCAAGGAAUACUAUGAUUCUAUGCAAAAGGCGCAACAAAAAGCAAAAUCUGCCCAUUUGGGUUGUUGGGAGUUUGGUGAUGUUUCUUUCGACGACGAGGAUACUCUUAUCUAG